UUUUCCGCAUAUUGAUGGGCUGAUGAAACUGCUCGUGGCUGGCUAAAGAUAGAAUUGGGCACAUCACUAAAGAUGCUGCGGCCAGGAUGGACGCGUGGAAUCGCGGCCGUGUGGUACAUGGCCAUGAACGUGGGGGCUCAAAAGGACGUCACAACAUUCUUGGUGAUCGGGCCAUCGGCAAACCAAACGGAAACCUCUCAAAGUAUCAAUGCCGUUACCGCCCACGAUUCGAUGGCAUUUACGUUGACCAUGCAGCCUUAUUCGCUGCCAGUGCAGAGCAACGACACCCAAUGGCUCAUUCCACCAGGUGAUUCGACCCCUUCGAACGACACGACUUCGAAAUACAAGAGUUUCGACUUGAACCGCGAUUCUGGUGACAACACACAAGUGUUUGUGCAGGUUAUAAUUCUCGACGAGUCACAGCUCAUUCCAAACAGCAACUGCUCCAAUGCGACGUCCUCGUGCGACUGGGCGACAUCUGAUGCGUCCGUGACCGAUCAACUGACAUGGCUUAACAGCACCCUUUCCCAGAGCCAAGCCCAGUGGCUGUUUGUGGUGGGCCAGCGCCCGCUUUGUUAUCGCGAUCGCAAAGGGCUAUAUCAAAAUAUGCAUGCGACCCUCUUGCCUCUCUUCACGGCCUACCAAGUCGAUGCGUACUUUGGCAUGGACGAUUUGGUGUCCCAAGUAGUUCAUCUUCCUGUCGGCAGCAGCCCUUUCUUCACGUCAUACACAUAUGGAGCCGCCACCUCCAUGCCCUACAUGGACAUGCUGGCCUCGUGCGAAUCCGUCUACCGGGUGCCUGCAGGCAACACCACGUAUACCACGCACGAGUUGUCAAUGAACACAAUGGACGUGACUAUGUUUAACAGUCAAGGCGGCGUCGUCUAUCGAACAAUGCAAACACGAUUGCGCAAGCAAUUCGAAGGCAAGGGUUCGGUCGGACCCCCAGAAUUUGUUCCGUGGCUUACUGGCGGAGCGGUAAUAUUGACAGUCGUAGUCGCGAUCGUGUACGGGCUGAAAUUCAAGGGCAAGCGCAUCGACUACCGGUAUAAUCCUUGCUUCAAACGUCAAGUUGCACAAGCCAAAGUUGACACUGAUGGCAGCGGGAGCCGAAGCACCAACGAUUUGCCGACGGAUGCUGAUGAUGAGGAAGAAGAAGACGAGUUUGACAUGGACUUCUCGAGCGACGACGAGGAAACCAGUGUUGUGUCGGGCACGACGUUGUAGUCACAAUCAACACAUUAUCCGGACGCUUUUGGGGUAUGCGGAUGACCACCUUCCCGCCAGGUUGACAGGACUGCCCAUUGGACUAGCCAAUCAAACUGCAGCAUGUGUAUUUUUAAACAUCGAAUAAAUACAAUAUACUGCGACCAAGC